GCUCUAGUGCGGUUAGUACAGUUCGCUUUGUCCUUGAGGGAGCGAUUCCGACCCCAUUUGGGGUUCGGUUCGUUUGGGCUCUGUGCAGUGGGAAUCGCUUUCCGCGUUGCAAUUUGAUAAAGAUCGAUGCAUGCGAGCGAGCGAGCAUAGGAGCUUCGCGGAAGUUUUUUCUUUUCACUUGCGGCACACAUGGCGUAUGCGCAAUGUGGCCGAGCGCUUAUCACGGGUCGUCAGCGUUCAAGUUGAAUGUUAUAUGCUGAAUGUUGAAUGCUUGCUGUUCCGACCAAUUGCCAGCGUCUCUCUCGGCGCUGUUUUAUUUCAUUUUUAUGAUUAUGUCUUGGUCUGUGUACGUUAUUUAUUUUUAAUUUCGCUCGCGUCGAGUGUGUGUCCUUCAAAUGCAAUUGUGCGAUGAUUAGAAACGCAGAGCGCCAAGCGAUUUUUACUUUUUGUUUCUAAUGCCUACGUGAGCGUGUGAGUGCAGCUGUUUAUUUUCAUUUUCACAGCGAUAGCGAAAAGCUUUUUGGCGCGCUAUCUGCUGCAGUUACGCUCACGAUUGCAGUUGUUGAUUUAAGUAGAAUAUUGUUGACUUUUCAGCGGUAUGCAUGACAAGACUUUCGACUUCCUAGUGCUGCUCCUCCACCGCCUCCUCGAACGCAUCUGUAAUUGCGCAAAGGGUUGGGCCGCCCCUCCCUCUCGAAAAUCGAAAGUAUCUCGCACAACCCACGAGAUUUUAUCUUCCUCAUUUCGUCUGCAUAUUUUUGGCUGACGGCGCCAGCUGGCAAGCCCACUCAAAAAGAACAAAAAAAAAAAAAAAAAAAAAGAAAAAGGAAAAAAUAAAUAACUGAAAUACACAAGGGAUGGGAAAAUCACGAGCAGCCAGAAAUCACUUUCUGCAGAUCGUUUUCGCACAUUUCCGCACUCGCAGAAUAGAAUCAAAAUGCAAUUCGCAAGUGCAAGUGCAAGUGCAAGUGCAUCGGACACACAUACAUACAUCCACAUACAGACAUACAGACAGAUUCACGUAGAGUGUUGCAAUUUUGCAUCCGUGUCGCUUUUGAUCGCCGGGGCUCGGAAAAUUCACAUUCGCAAUUCGCAUUCUACGUGCGUGCAGUUCGACGAGCGGACGGGAUCAGAGCCACUUGGUAGCGCCUUUUCGGCCACUUGAGAACUUAACGGGGGAGUUGAAACCCAAUAUGGUGUACAAAUAGCCGUAUUUAUUGUUCAUAUAUCUGUACAGAUUGGGUGAGUCCACAACAACCCCACUUCACCAUUGGCCAUCAAAGUGAACUUCCUGGUUAUGCGAUUGCACUCAACUUGAUUGGGGGGCGCGAUAACAUUUCGAAUUAAUGGUGGGGCUUAGUACGGCGAUAAGGAGGAGAGUUCCUGGAAUUUCCUGCUAAUUUCGAGCAAAUAGGUUCUCGUUCCUUAUUUCCGGAUUUCUAGGAAUUGUGCAGGACUUUUUAUUAGGAAGGAAUUAAAUGGCCAGCCUUGCACAAUAAAUUCAUGAUUGCGCAGCUGAAAAUGUCCGAGGAGGGAAAAAGCGAAGGAAGACCAACAUUUAAAAUAAUCGACAUGCAACCACCAAUGAACCACCGCUGCAACCACUAGUCCACUAGCACCACCGAGCGAGAAGCUUUCGCCCGAAAGCGCUUCCCAACCCUCUCUCUCUCUCUCUCUCUGUCUCUCUCUCUUUGGCGGAGAACUUUCCGAGCGAGAAUCUCUUGCGGGAUGCGUUCGUGUAUGCAGUGCAGCUCGUAUUGGUGCAAUGCCGGUUGAUGUCCCUGUAUUGGUUCCACUGUUGGUGUGUGCGUGUGUGUAUGGGGCUUGCAAUUUGGAGCUUUUUUGGGGUCUAUGCCGGUUGGAUGUGGGUCAGUAGUAGGAACUCUCGGUUGGCGGCGUCAACGUUUCCCUAGCUCUUCUUCACAAAAAUACAAAAAAAAAAAAAGAAAAACAAAACUGCAACAAAAAAAAGAUACAAGAAAAACAAUUAAUAAAUACAAAUAUUUGCUUUAAUCUCUGCUCGCAUUUUCGUUGUCGUCGGCCGCAGAUGCACUUGCAUUUCACUUCCGCCUGGCGAAUUUGGAUGAAAAAUUAAAUACCGCAGUGCAGUGCGAAUAAGAAUGCUGGCUGAGCAGCAGGAGGUCCGCCGUAGAUUGUCAAGCAAAGCCGGACAGCCGGAGAAUUAUUCCGGGGCGGUGGGCAGGCCACACGGCGUAUGCGUAACGAGAGAACGAAACAGAAAGUGAUGCGUAAUUUGCGGGCCCAACACACAAAUUAUUCAAAUGAAAAGCAAAAAAACCGAAAACAGUGCAAGGAGGAACAACAGCGACAACAAAAUAAAAUCCACAAUCAAUUAGCAGCUCUAUAAUAAUUAAGAACCCAGAAAUAACACACAAAAAAUAUUUUAAAUAAGUUUUGAAAGCAAUGUAGGAGAAAAACCAAAUGCGAAUGCAGAACGAGAGUACAAAAUGCAGCAAGCGGCAGCCAAAUUGAGGAGGAUAAUUCAAAUCAAGUAAAACUUCAACCACAACUAGCAGAAUAAGCAGCAACCACUGAUACCCCUAUAUAUAUAUAUACCAGCAUAUAUAUAUAGCCUUUGGAAAACAACAAACAAUCUAGCUGUUAGUCGCCAUGCAUGGACAUCACAACCACAACCACAACCACAACCAACUGCAACAGCAGCAGCCACAAAAUCCGCAGGAUCAGCAGCCAGGAGCCAUCAUGAAGGCAGCCAAUCAGCCCCACCAUCCCGCCCACAGCCAUCCGCUCAAUCAUCAGCACCCACAUCCGCAGCAUCCGCAUCCGCAGCAUCCCCAUACCCAUGCCCAGCCACAUCCGCAUCCGCACCACAAGCUGUCGGCGAGGAGGGCGCGCAGUCGCAGUCGAAGUCGCAGUCCCACGCCGGACGGCAACCAGGAUUAUGAUGUGACCAGGAUGCGGGAGGAGGACUUCGAGCGACUGGCCGUCUACCUGGUGCCGGAUGUCCAGGCGGAGCGGGGACUGCCCAAUCGGGCGGACAAAACGCUGCCGCGCAGCCUGACACUCAAGUCAUCCAUGGUCUACUCAACGCCAAAUGUUAAGACUGAAGGAGUUUGGAGCAGCGGGGUCAUCCCACGUGGCACUCGCUUCGGCCCAUUCGAAGGCAUUCCAACCUCAAACUAUCCCAAUGAUAAGAAUAAGGCGCGCUAUUUCUGGCGGGUGCAGGGAACACGCCACAUAACCUACGGGAAUAUUAAGAUCUUCAAGGACGAUGACUACUAUUAUCUGGAUGGUUCGGAUCGUUCGCAGUCGAACUGGAUGCGCUACGUGGCCUCCGCGUACAGCUUGUCCGUGAUGAACCUGGUGGCCUGCCAGCACCAGGAGAACAUCUACUUCUACACCACCCGCGACAUCCUGCCCAACGAGGAGCUGAUGGUGUGGUACUGCAAGGACUUCGCCAGUCGCUUGGGCUACGAUGUGGAUCCCGAGACGACGAUCUUCGGCGCCUGCAAGCAGGCGGUGGAAGCCGAGGAGGAGGCGGACGAGGAGGAGGAGGAGGCGGCGGAGGGGGAGGCGGGCAAGCCGCGAUACUCGAUGCCAGCUCCCGAAAUUCCCGCCGAUGUGGCCGUGAGUCACAUCACCUACGUGAUGGGUCUCCAUUUGCCGGUGGGUGCGGGCAAUGUUCCCACAAAUGGGAGCAAUGGUUCCGCCGCUUCCGUUUCCGGUGCCACGCCCCCGCCCCCAAGUGCCACGCAGUGCUGCCGCCGUUCCAGUCCACCCGCCCACGUAAGCACCACCUCCUCCUGCAGCUCCCACCAUCCGCACAUCCAGCACGGACGACAUGCGUCUGUGAUCAUUGGCCAGGAUCGAUCGCCGUUGGCCAGCAGCGACAAGGAUACGGCGGGAUCGCCGCUGUCCGGCUUGGACCACCAGAUGACCCCGCAGGAUGGCAGCGUGAGAUCGGUGCGAUCGGACGAGGGCUACCACAGCAACGAGUGCCACGAGGAUGGACUCACGCCGCCCGAGGAUUCCAGCGACAGCGAGAGCGAGCACAACUAUGUCCUCGAUUGUUCCAAGAAGGCGAUUGCUCCGAAGGAGACGGUGAUUGCCCAGGCCCAGAAGCCGAGCAGUUCGCCACCCGCGGUGGUGAUGGCCAACACAACGAGCAGCGUGAUGAGCAGUCCGCCGAGUGCCACGCCCAUUUGCGAGACGGACAAGAACGAGUACAGGAAGUUCAAGGUGAAGAUGCCGCUAAAGUACGAGUUCAAGAACAAGAGCUGCGUGAAACAGGAGCCGAGCCUGAAGGAGGUGGACCAGGAGAUGUCCCUGCCGCCGGAGGAGGAGGAGGACCAAGCGAUGCACCCCGAACCCGACUCCAUCUGCCCCUCGACCACCACCCACCUGGGCGACGAGCACAUGCUGAUGAUGGAGAGGGAAAGGGAGCGGGAGAGGAUCCAGGAGAGGGAGCAGGCCAACCAGCAGCCCGCAUCCUCCACGGUCAUUGUACUGGAACACAAUUCCGGAGGUCAGGCACGAACGAUUGUCCCACUGAGUAAACCCUACUACGAACCAGAUCCACCAGGGGAGCGCUACAUGCGCUUCGGCCAGCCAUCCUCGAGCAUCCUGGAGACGAUCCUGACCAGCCAGCAUCGCCUGGAGGCGGCAGCUGCGGCGGCGAAUGCCUGUCGCCAGGCGAAUGCGGCCACUCCGCCACCGACUUCGCCCACGGAGAUGGCCUACAGCUACAAGAAAUCGCAGCGAUACGGGAAUGCCGUGAGUCCCGACAGCAGUUCCAAUCUGGGACAGAAUCCCGAGCAGCUCAACUCAUCCGCCGUGGUGGUUGGCGAACAGGAAAUGUCGAGGACAACCUUGAUCAAGGGAGAAUGCUCGCCACCGCCGCCGAGUCACCAUCACCACAAUGUGAUCUUCUCGCCCUCGAGGCAUGCGGCCUACUUGGGAGCUGGCGAGGCGGGUGGUCACUCCCCGAGUCCCGGUUACCCAGGCUAUCCGCAUUACGGAGCAGCGGCCACCUCCACCUUCCACUCACCGCCACACAGCUCCCAUUCCCCCUUCGACCGGCAGUCGAAUGCCUCGAGCGGAGCGGGUUCCGCCUCCAAUUUGCAUUUGCUGCAGACCAGCACCCAGAUGUUGAACCAUCCGCUGAUGCAGCCGCUCACUCCCCUGCAGCGUUUGUCCCCCCUGAGGAUCUCGCCACCCAGCAGCCUGAGUCCCGAUGGCAACUCGUGUCCCCGAAGUGGCAGUCCACUGAGUCCCAACUCCUUGGCUUCCCGAGGCUACCGAUCGCUGCCGUAUCCACUCAAAAAGAAAGAUGGCAAGAUGCACUACGAGUGUAAUGUGUGUUGCAAGACCUUCGGGCAGCUGAGCAACCUGAAGGUGCACCUGCGAACCCAUUCCGGGGAAAGGCCCUUUAAGUGCAACGUGUGCACGAAGAGCUUCACCCAGUUGGCGCACCUGCAGAAGCAUCACUUGGUGCACACCGGCGAGAAGCCGCAUCAGUGUGACAUCUGCAAGAAGCGAUUCUCGAGCACCUCCAAUCUGAAGACGCACCUGAGGCUGCACAGCGGUCAGAAGCCGUAUGCCUGUGACCUUUGCCCCCAGAAGUUCACGCAGUUCGUGCAUCUGAAGUUGCACAAGCGACUGCACACGAAUGACAGGCCGUAUGUGUGUCAGGGUUGCGAUAAGAAGUACAUCAGUGCUUCGGGAUUGAGGACCCACUGGAAGACCACCAGCUGCAAGCCCAACAAUCUGGAGGAGGAACUGGCCAUGGCAGCAGCGGCAACUUCCGAGUGUUUGGAUAAAGACCAUCCCGAACCCGACUCGCGGGAAGCCUACGAGCAGUUGACCCAGCACAUGCAUCCCGCUGUUCAUCCGGGAUUGAGGCACCUCUCGAACGGUGGCCAAUCACCACCGCGUUUGAUACCCCUGGGCAACCACUUGCCGCCACAACAGCAGCAGCCACAUCAGCAGCAGCAGCCACACCAGCAGCAGGGCGUGCCACCGCCCCACUUGCUGAUGGCCCAGCAUUCGGUGGGGCCGGCUCCGAUGCUGCUGACCACCGCCAGCCAGUUGCCACCACCGCCGCCGCACCACCAGCAGCCGUCGCCCAACCGCCUGCUGCAACACGGCCACCCGCAUUCGCUGCAGCAGAUGCAACAGCAGCAGCAACAGCAACAGCAGCAGCAGCAACACUCGCCCAAGGGACUCAAAUCCCUGCCAGAAUCGGGAGUGUAUCUGCAUGGGCAGCAUGUUCAGGCGCAGGAGAGCCGACCGUCGGUCAUCGAGUCCUCCAACCAGCCCAUGAUCAUCGAGUGCACGUAGAACCCAAGCAGGAUAUGGGAUAUGAAGUAAAAAGGAGGAGGAGCAGCUGCAGACCAGAGGAAGUGAUGGAAUCCAAGUGCAAUAAAAUCAAAUAGAGUUAAGAACAGACAGGCAGACGACAGACAGACGAUACCCUUAAAAAAAAAAAAAAACAGAAAACACACGCAGCACAAGUAAACGUAACGGUAUUAUUAUAUAGUUGUAUAUAGUUGAAGAUUACCCCUUAAAAUUUUUGAUCCUUCCCCGCCCCCCCUUGAAAAUUGAAAAUUGAAAACUCAUUUUCGCGCUAUGAAAACUAGAUCUCACCAAUCGGCAAACCCAUGAAUUCUUCUUCUCAUCAUUAUCAGCAUGGCAGGAGAGCACUAAAGGCAUAUUAUUUUUGAUAAAUAUUUUAUAUAUAUACACACACACAGCGUACAUAUAAAGGACGAUGAAAAUUGGCUAGCAGAAAGCGAUUGUUAAUGGGAGAAUAAAUGGAGCCGGCAGCAGAAGAGAAUUUUUGCGGAAAAACUGAGAACUGAGAACGAGAGAAAAUGCAUUUAGAACUUUGACUUUCGAUGAUUUUCCAGUUGUGUUUUGUUCUCUCAUCCUCUCUGUUUGUUUGUUUGUUUGUUUGUUUGUUGAGGCGCGCACCUUUAGACGUAGAUUACACAGUUAGCAGUUAAAGGAUAAAUAAGGAUACAUUUACACAUACAUACAAUACAUAGAUUCAAGUUGCCUUAUUUGAAUUUCGUUAGCACUGAAAUCCCGCGGAAAAAAAAAACAAAAAGUAACCGAAAACAUUUGCUUAGAGUCGAUCAUCUCUGUACAAUAAGAACAGAACACGUGGAAAGCUUAUAUACGUAUUUUAUAUAUGAAUAUAUCAUUAUUAUACAUACGGAUAUAUAUAUAUUUAUAUGUAUUUUAUUAAAUAUACACAACCGGAACAGCAGCAACAAACAAAUGAUAGCAAAACUGUACAUAGGAGGAAACCUUAUUUCGGCAUCUGUUGAACUAGUAUCGCCUAGCUAUAUAUAAUUACGUAGACCUAUAGGGAUUACCAUUACCAUUAUCAUUAUUAUGAUUACUAUGAUUAUUACGGAGAAAAACAUAUAAAAACUAAGCAACAAACGAAAAAAAAAACGUAAAGAAAACUUAGCUGAAAAAUCGGUGCUUUUGACUGUUUCCAUUUGUCCACAUUUACAUUUACGAUUGUAUUUGUAUUUUGAAACACAUGAAUUAUAUUGUAAACCACACUAAAUAUAUAUAAAAUAUAUAUACACGUUAGUCUAACACUCUAGGAUAUUUCCCCAACUACUUUUGCGCCUUAAUCAUUCAACUCCUUCCUCCAACUCCUUUAACCACAAACAAAAAAAAAACCGAAUCCAAAAAAUUUGCUCGUAUUGUACUUUACCAAAAUUACGCUCUCAAUUAGUCUUCGUUUUCGUCUGAAUAUUAUAUAUUGAAAUCUUUAGCUAAACUUAAGCUUAUAAUCUUAAUGAGGCUGACUAGCUUUAAGUAUACAUACAUAAAUCUAUUUAGCAUAUUAGCAUAUUAAUAAAAUAGUUUCUAAGGUCUGUAUAUUAAAGGCUGGGCCCAGAGCUCGGCUUCGAUCUGUAA